CUCCGCAACUUAAAAUUUUGCAAAAAUCUUUUUAUUUAUGAGUACUAUCUACAAAAAUAUUGUGAACUUCCAAAUCGACGGACCUAAAAGGAAAGUUUAGCCAAUAAAACUACUACUACUAGUUAGCUUCCACAAUAUUCAACUUAAUUAACGUUUAAUUUCUACAUAGAUACAUAAUUGUUUUAAUGAUAGAUUAAACACUUAAUAUUUGAGGGUUUUGCAUUGUUCAAAAGGUUACAUGAAGAAGGAAACACUUUUCAAAACAAAGCAUUAGAUACAGAAAGCUAGUCACCAUAUAAAUCCAUCAUCAUGACUGGACCUCUACAAUAUGUGGUGGAAGAGGAUGCAGCUGAUCUGCAAUUCCCAAAAGAAUUUGAGAAUGCUGAAACUUUAAUGAUAUCUGAAGUUGACAUGUUAUUGGAAAAUAGAAAAGCUCAAAAUGAAUCUGCUGAAGAGGAACAAGAAUUCUCUGAAGUGUUCAUGAAAACACUGACGUAUACCAAUAUGUUUAAAAAGUUCAAAAACAAAGAGACAAUAGCUGCUGUUAGACACCUAUUACAAUCAAAAAAACUUCACAAGUUUGAAUUGGCAAGCUUAGCAAAUUUAUGUCCUGAAACACCAGAGGAAGCGAAAGCACUGAUACCAUCAUUAGAAGGAAAAUUUGAAGAUGAAGAACUAAGAAUACUUUUGGAUGACAUACAAACUAAGAGAAGUUUACAAUACUAAAAAUUUAAUAUAUUAAUGUAAAUUGAUAGAUUAAAGGUAAUAAACAGAAAUUUUAACUAAU